GAGAAUAUCUUAGACAGAAGAGAAUUCCAAGGGGCCUGAGGGUUAGAUUACAUCCCACAUUAUGUAGAGACAACGCUGAACAUCGAGCAAUAUGGUACAAAAUUUUAAACAAAUGCUCAGUCGACCUUAUGGUACUAACUAUAGAAUCUCUACAGAAAGAAUUAACUAAACUUAUUAAAGAGAUAGCAGCAACAGAACAAGAACUAGCAGCAGUUACUGCAUCAACUGACUUAGAGACACUUAAAAAACAAAUAGAAGACAAAUUAAAAGAAUAUCAGAGAGAAACGGAAGAGUUUAAAAAGAAAAAAUUCCAUAGAGAUGAAUUAGAUUAUCAAAGGGAUCAAGUUUAUACCUGGUACUCUAGAGCGGACAAUCGUUCUUAUAGAUCCAACAGAGACACGACCACACAGAGAUGGCGUUCGGAUACAGAGGGGGCUACAUCCUCCUCCUCUGCCUCCUCGUCUUCAGGGAUGACUUUUUUAGAGAGAGGUGUACGACACGAAGAAACAUCAG